UUUGUUUUGCCUUUUCCCGCCGAUAUUUGCCGAAAUUACACGAAAGUUGUUAUCUUCCGGUGAGCGUUUAGAGUCAGAGUGAGCAUGUAUUUCUCAGGGAAAAAGAAGUCAAUAUUAUUGAAGUGUUAAUUAAAGUUAUGUCAGCUAAGAAGACGUGACCAAGAUCAGCCUGGUCUUGCGAUGGACAAUACGAAGGCAGCAGUCAAUGGUGGGGGGUGCACCUCUCCCCCAUUUAGGCACCACCUCCCUCAGGUGGCUAACUUAACCAGGAACAGCAAGAUUGCUCAGAGCAAAGCCGCAGCCAAAGUGGAAGCCGUGAAAGACGAAGCAACACUUGUGGUAGAAGAUGCAGGGAAAGUGAUCAGAAUGAAUGCAGAUCUCAACAUGGAGAUAUCUGUGGAAAAUGUUCAAGGUGAACAAGAGAGACCACUGGUGCAUCCGAAAGAGAGAGCAAAGGCGGAGGCAAGAUCUCAAAUAAAAAUCGAAAAAGAACAAACAGCAAAACAAGAAACUAGUAACGAGCAAGAACUGCAAACAAACAGUGACAAAUCGGAAGGCGGUGACAAUAGCUCAAAUACGUUAACAAAGAUAAAAGACCCCAAACCUAGCACGCCAGUUAGAAAAAAUAAACAAGUCAAAGAAAAAUCGGGAAAUUACAAAAACAUAUUUGAAGUGACUCAUGUGGAGGGAAAGCGUCAAAGGAAGCCCAAAGUUGUGUUGGAUGUGGGAGAAAAGUCUCCAAAAGGUGUGGAAGAAAAGUCAGCAAGUGCCGAUAAUGUGGAUAUUCCACAGCCUGUAGAACCGGAUCUGAACAAAUCAGCAACAGUACUGUCUCCCGUGGUGGAUAAACCAACAGAGUGGAAGAUAGGGGACCAGCUGUGGGCCAAAGUGGCUGGACAUCCCUGGUGGCCGUGUAUGGUGGCCAAGGAUCCCUACGAAGAUUUAUACACGAAAAUGAAAGCAAGAAGUAGGAUUUAUCACGUUCAUUUCUUCGGAAACGAAGGAGAGCGAGGGUGGAUAGCCUCUGGCUCAAUAAUGGAAUUCCAUGGAAAAGAGAAAUACGACGAGCAUGUGAAACAAGCUUUUCAGAAUGCGAAAAAGGGUGAAAAAUUAAAACUUGAAAAACUAUACAAAGUUUAUCCAAACCGACAGGCAGCUUGGCUAAUAGCCAUACAUCAAGCAGAAGAGGCUAUGAAAAUGACUCUUGAUGAACGAGUGGAACAAUUCAAAUGUGUUUACACACCCGAAAAGACUAAAAAACAGAAUUUGAAUAAUAGUGUUAGUAAACCUGUAAAUUCCCCGAAAGGGAAAUCAAGUGAGAGAACACAGAAAAGAAAGCGGAAGUCGUCUGAACAUGUGAAAGCAACGGUGGAGGAAGCGAAAGCAUCUCCAGGAGCUAAACCCCGGUCAAAGCGACGAAGAGUCGACGAGAGCGCCAGCUCACACAAGGAUAAGAAAACGGGGGGAUCAUUUGAGGUGUUCUGUAGUAAACACAGGGACAGCAUGAUGGCAGAUCAUCCUAAAUUUGAUGAAGCUAACAUAAAUGAAUGCCUGCAACAACAGUGGCUGAUGAUGAGUCAGAAACAAAAGUCUAGAUAUAAAUCUAAGCUUCAAGAUUCAUCAGACAUGCCCACAGGACCUUUGACCCCAAAGUUGACGGAGAAACCACAUGUUGGAGAUGACGAGGAGGAUAUGGAAAAAGAAUCCAAGUUGAUUGGAAAACUGAAACUAAAGAGGCAAAAAUCCACAAGUGACGAGAGCAGUUCAGACAAUCAGGAAGAAGAGAAAUCCUCGAGCAGUAAAAGUCAGAAGUACUUAUGUCAGGUGUGUGAGGAUACAGGUGAGCUGGUGGAAUGUGAGGGGGACUGUCACAAUUAUUUCCAUAAGGCUUGUGUGGGAGACAGUGUGGAGGAACCCUUCAAAUGUGAGGAGUGCAAAACUGGACUGCACACAUGCUUUGCAUGCAAAAAGAAAGACGAGACAACCAAGAAAUGUUCUGUGCAUUUGUGUGGAAAGUUUUAUCACGAAGACUGCAUGAAUAAAUUGAUGCAAUUAAAAUCCGACACCAAGAAUGGGUUUGUUUGCCCUCUGCACCAGUGUGCAACAUGCUCCAUAGAAAAUUCCAAGAAAACCAAGGCUAGCAAAGGUCGACUUGUUCGAUGUGUCAGAUGCCCGACAGCUUACCACACCGGGGACUUUUGUAUCGCUGCUGGGAGUGAAAAUCUGCCUGGAUACAACAUUGUCUGUAAUAAACAUUUCCAACCAAACCGCACCCAAAAAUACCACAAUCAUAUAAAUGUCAGCUGGUGUUUUGUUUGCAAUUUAGGUGGUUCUCUGAUUUGCUGUGAUAGUUGCCCAGCCUCUUUCCAUGCAGAAUGUUUAAACAUAAAUUUCCCAGAAGGCAAUUGGUACUGUAAUGAUUGCUCUAUUGGCAAACAGCUGUUAUACGGGGACAUUGUGUGGGUCAAACUCGGCAGUUACAGGUGGUGGCCUUCAGAAAUUUGCCAUCCCAAACGGGUGCCUCAUAAUAUACAAGAGAAGACGCAUCAAGUUGGGGAAUUCCCUGUCCAUUUCUUUGGAACCAAUGAUUAUUUUUGGAUCCAUAAAGGAAGAGCUUUUGGAUUUCAUGAUGGUGAUAAGUACUGCAAAGAAACAGCAAGGAAUAAGAGUUUGGCAAAGAUUUUUGCAAGAGGUGUACAGGAGGCCACUGAGGCAUUCCAGGCCCUGAAGGCACUCCGUGCUGACAAAGAGAAGAUGAUGAUAGAGAGAAGUGAGAAAAAGCCAGCCCCAUAUAAAUUUGUCAAGAAUAACAUUCCAGUUGGAAGCGUGGUAAUUCCCAAACCAGACCUGACCAGUAUACCGAGGUGUGAGUGUGACCCUAAUCACGAGGCCCCGUGCAGCAGUGACACGGACUGUCUGAACCGAAUGCUGAUGUACGAGUGUCACCCUAGUGUCUGCCAGUGUGGCGAGAAGUGUCACAACCAGCGAUUUCAGAGACGAGAGUAUCCUGACUGUACACCAUUCAAAACCGAGGGCAGAGGAUGGGGGCUGAGAACAAAUGUGGACAUCAAAAAAGGACAGUUUGUACAUGAAUAUGUUGGAGAACUUAUUGAUGAAGAGGAGGUCAAGAGAAGAAUUGAUGAAUCACACGAAAACAACAUCAGCAACUAUUACAUGCUUACCCUAGACAAAAACAGAGUGAUUGAUGCAGGGCCAAAGGGCAACCUCUCCCGAUUUAUGAACCACAGCUGUGCACCAAACUGUGAGACCCAGAAAUGGACAGCCAAUGGGGAUGUUCGCGUGGGAUUAUUUGCACUUUGUGAUAUACCUGCAGGCACUGAAUUAACUUUCAACUAUAAUCUGGAAUGUCUGGGCAAUGACAAGACAAAGUGUAACUGUGGAGCAGAGCUAUGCAGUGGUUUCCUUGGUGUGAGACCGAAGUCUGCAGUGGCUGCUUCAGUGGCUAAGAGUAAGAAAAAGGACGAAAAGAAGAAAAAGAAGAGAAACAAGAAGAAAGGAGAUGGGAAGAAGGAGCAUGACGAUGAAUGUUUCCGGUGUGGGGAGGGUGGGGAGCUGGUCAUGUGUGACCGUACGGGCUGCCCUAAAGUCUACCACUUACAUUGUCUGAAACUCUCCAAACCCCCACAUGGUAAAUGGGAUUGUCCUUGGCAUCACUGCGAUGAAUGCGGAAAGCCGGCUGUGAUGAUGUGUGCUGAAUGUCCCAAUUCCUUCUGUGCUACCCAUACUGAGGGACACAUAAAAGACAUAGAGGGUGUGUCAGUGUCACUGUGUAUGGAGCACGAUGAGGUCACGUCGUCGAGUUGUGCAUCCUCCGACACCCAGUCUGACGAAGACAGUAACGGACAGGCCCGAACCAAAGCCAUCCUGAAGGAAAACCUGGUGAAAAAGCGCAACCUGAACACAAAGCCGGAAGAGGACCAGGGGGCUGGGGGAAGCAAGAAGCCCCGAAAACAGAGCGUGGGUGAGCCCAAGAAGACGGAAGGAAAACGAGUCAAACCUGCCGGAAACCCCCUGGCUGUGGCCCCCAUGUUUGAUGAUAGCGAUGAGGGUUCCGAUGACCUUGUCAUAGAUAUUCCAGCUGUCCCUUUGUAAUUUGCUUCAUAGAACUGUUUUUUUUCUUUCAAUUAUGUUUAAAAAUUUUGAAGUAGUGUUAAGGUACAGAAUAAAUGAAUAUUGAGAUAUUUUUAAUGCAUUAACUUACAGAUUUUUUUUUAAAAAUGAUGUUUUAAAUGAAAUGAGUGAUGACGGUCUUACAUUAUAUAGAAUUUUUAUUUUUAAUUGUAAAUAUUCUAUUGGGCCAAACUGUUCAAUAUUUGCAAGUUAUGGUGAAAUAGAAUUUAUGUAAAUUUUUUUCGUAGACUUUGCAUGGAUACUGUAAGAGAAAAGAGAAUGUACUGUAAAUAUGAAGAUAUUGAGAAUUUAUAAAUUUAGAAAUCUAUAAUGUGUGUAAAAUGGUGUCCAAAAAUGUUAUAUAAAUGUGGUUUUAAACAUAUACUAUUUACAAUGUAGAUAUCAUUUUUGCAUUUUCAAUAUUUGACCCUUUAAGCAAAUUGGUUGGAGUCUCAUGUCAUUGUUAUAUGUUGGGUAGCUGUGUCCAGAUUAGCGAAGGUUAUUAAUAGGACCCACAUUUGUGGGAUCUCUAUAAUAAUCAGUUUGUCUCUCUGUCCAUCUAUUCCAAUCUUUCAUAAAUGUAUUUUCUUCUGAAAAGCUUGUUAGUAGGUUGUUUUAGGAUGUUCAAAUUCAUGUAUGAUGUGUCAGCAAGCAGAUGCAUGUACUUUAAUAUUAGGUUUUUACUGUGUCAUCAGAGUUUUGACUGCAGUGAUAGGGUCUCUAGGGUAGAUUUCUAAAUUAGUAAGAAUGAACUGGCAAAGAUAAUCUGUAAAUCUAAUAGAAGGGGUUAUAAAUCUGAAGAUUGUCCUAACUACCUGCGCAGAAUCUUUUUUUUUCACAUUAAUAUCAAGUUUCAGUGAUAUCUGUUUGAAGUUAGGGUUGUGACUGGGUUUUCUAAGAGCUGAGAUUUUAUGAAAUGUAUAAUCCUUCUUGGUUGAAAUACACAUUUUAAUGAUGACUCAUUAUUCUAAGGAUUUUGUCAUUUUAAAUGUUAUAGUUUCAUAAUAGUUGUAGUUGCUUCAAUCAUGUCAAAUUCAUGCUUUCAAAUUCAAAAUUUUCUUGAAUUUUUCCUUUAUUAUGAAAUUAACACACACCCUCCUUAUAUAUCCACCCCUCAGCAGGACCCUUGCUGAUUGGUCAAUUUUUCUGGUUGACCUUUGACCCACUUCUGGCAGCAUACACACAUGUAUAUGUUGCAGAACAUGUUAAAAAGUUGGUCAUAAGAUAUUGUGAAAAUUUAUUUUAAUAUCCAUUUUAUCAUGUAUUAAAAGUAUGAAAUAUUUUUAAUUUUUCAUUUCAUGAAUAGAAUUAUAAUCAUCUAUCAGUGAGCUUAAAUUUAUUUCAUCCCUGUUUUUAAAAAGGAGAAAUUGAUAAUCUAAAAUGAAAUUGUCCUAGGUAAUGUGCAUGAAAUGAAGAAAGAAAGAACUAUUACAUAGGUAUUAGUGUUCUAUUUAUUCUGUACAUGUACAUUGUGUGUAAAAUAAAUUUUAUCUCACUUA